AUGCAACACAUGGAGGAAUGCAAACCAGAAGCAGACAACGAGCUCUGUGAGGCUGAGCCAGAGAGCUCUAAGAUUCUGAUUCACCUUCUGGAAGGAAAUGCCUUUGUGUGGAAUGUCGAAGAUGCUCGUAAGAUACGGGAGAAGCAUGGCCUGAUAGGGAAGCUCGUAGGAGCUUUGGUCAGAAAACCUCAGCAGAAUACACGGCUCGGCCUUCCACUAGGACUUCUACCUGAGGAGACCAGACUGCUGGUAGAAAUUGGGGCAGCAACACUUGUGUGUGGAUGCAUCAAAGAAAAGGAACACGCAGAUCUCAGUGAUUUACAUUUGCAGGACAGCACAAGUUUUUCCACUGCUGUACUUGAGGAGUCUUCAAAGGCAGAGGGUGAGACUUUCAAGAGAUUUCUGCUAAAUAGCUAUGAAGAGCAGCGGCAACUGGCUUUGGAGGAGAAAAGACACACGCUGGAAAGAUUGUCAGAGAGUAUUAUAAAAGGUAGAAGCAAGCAAAAGCGACGGCAUGGGAAACGAGAAGAAGAACCAAUGGAAUCCUGUUCCCAUGGACCUAUUAAAGAGCUUCAGAACCUAGAAGAGACUUUCCAUUUCCCUGAGGAAGCCAUGAUGGUGCAGAUUCCAACAGCUAGAACUAAUUUGCACAGUAUAGAAGAGGUCGAUCUGUGCAAAGCCUCACUAGACUGGCCGUAUGCUGGGCAGAAAAAGCACGAAUUACGGUUCAAGGUUUUCAGGGACCUCUGGCAGAAAGGAUACUACCUCACCAGUGGCAACAAGUUUGGUGGAGACUUUCUUGUUUAUCCAGGAGACCCUAUGCGCUUCCAUGCACAUUAUAUCGCCAUCUGCCAUCCACAAGAUGAAGAAAUCCCACUAAGUUACAUUAUCACUGCAGGAAGACUGGGAACAAAUGUCAAGAAGACAGUACUGCUGUGUUCCUCUAAUGAAGAGGGACUAGUGACUUACACUUCUUUACAAUGGUCAGGAUUGCAGUAA